AUGAGCGACUACUACCAGCCUACAUUACUAUUCAGACAGAACGCACUUCGAAGGUUCAACCCCAGCUUAUCCCCCAUAUCGAGUGUCGAGAGCCUUGUAUCUGUUACCCCCAUGGACAGUUGCUCGUCCGCACUGUCGCAGAAUUCUCCAUAUAUGAGAAAGGGCGACGCUAACUUUUCAAGAACAUCGUGGCUACUCAAUUUGGACAACCCUCGGGAUUCCGAGGUGUUGACAAAGUCGUGCUCGAUCAAUAGGACCAACGUCAAGUCCAACUACUGGAAGAUACCCGACGACAAGAUGAACUUGACUUCUGUGUCCAUCACCAAGGGCAAUGCGACUUGUGGCAACAACCCCUUAUUGGCGAUUUCCUCGGGAAACAACAGAGACAAUUUGUUCAUCUACGAAUUAGACUCGAGUUCGAAUCACUUGAUACACCAUUCUACAAUUAGUUUGUCGACCAUUCAUGGCAUGAAAUGGGUCGCGGAGCCCUCGCUGGACAAAAACUAUAUCAUCACGGGGAACAACAAAGGGUAUGCGCAUUUGGUCUCCAUACCCGAUGCUAUCUACGGGGAAGUUGCCCAAGACUCGGACGAGGGCAGUUCUGCUGAGAUUUGCAAACGGUUCAACCACAGAAAGAGCGUCAAGGAUAAAAAGAGCAUAUCUCUUAGUACUCCAAUUUCGAAAUUGGAUGUAUUUAACGGCAACAGGGAGAUGAUUUCCAUCUACGAUGACUAUUUGUUCCACUGGGAUGUCAAGAAUGCCGAUUCCCAGCGGAGGCCACAUCCGCUCUCGAUCACAACCAUUGCUGGGGUACGGAACUUUGACCCUUGGCGCAACAACAGCAACAACAACAGUAUCACCACGACUAUUGGGAUUUGUGGCAAGUUUGGCAUAUCGUUGUUUGAUACACGAAACGCGAGAUUCAACACUCCUUCCAAUAACUUAUCGUUCAAAACCAAUUACCGCCAGUUGUCGGCCAAUACAAUACGAUGGGACCCCUUUAACGACAAUGUUCUCGCUGCUGGUCACGGAGACGGUGUUGUUAGAUUAUGGGAUGUGCGGAAACAGGAUUAUUUCGCCUCCUUAACUCCUCAUCCAAGAGGCAAAGGCAGAGGUAAAUACUCGAUACCGCAGUUGACGAGUAUGGAGUGGGCUCACGGUGACUUGGUGACUGGCGGUCAAGAUGGCAAUAUAAUCCACUGGGAUCUCACUUCGGAUUUGGAUUUGAAUGCAGUUGGUCAAUUGAGCUGUGGGUUAAGAGAAGGGUUCGAUAGCGUCAAUUUCAACGAUAGGUCCAAUAGUCUUGAUGUGGAUGUGAAUCAACGGCAGUGUGGCACGAUCUUGCCUGCCUCGAACACAAACAUCGUGAGCAUGUGCUCAGUGGAAGUUGAUAAUGACGAUGACAAUGGCAAAGAAAUCAAGAUUAUUUCGAUUGACGGGUCCUCGUUCUUGGGAGUGCAUUCGCGGGUUCGGGAGUCGGUCGAUUUGAAUCUCCACCAUGAUGGUGGCGCUUACUAUACCGAGCAGGACUUGGAAAUGUUGUUACGCGAGGUGCGCUCGGGAUCCAAUAGUGACACGGAGGAGGUGGACUCAAUACCGGAGGGACUCAUGGAGUUGGAGUCAGAGAGGCCGUUGGUGGUGUCAAGAAAACCAACCGCCAUCCAUUCGCUAGAUAUGCACUCUUCCGCGUCGGGAUCAGGAUCAGGAUCAGGAUCAGAUACAGAAGUAGAAGUUGACAAUAGUGGUUGCUCGGUGGAUGUCGAUUUGACUGCGUCGCCCGUAUUCAACCAAGAGGAGAUUGAAGUCAUCUCAAUCAACGAAUCUGAAUUCAAUCUUUGCUCUCCCGUCGAUUCAGGCCCAGGUCCAGGUUCAGGUUCAGGUUCAGAUUCAGAUUUAUCUACAAGCGGGUCUCCUCAAAGCGAGCCAGUGAACGAUUCCGUGGACUCCCUUUCGACUUUGGCUACCGACGUUGACGCGUGCGCCAUGGCAGAAGAAGGCAAACACGGACCAGGUGUGGUUCCACUUGCCAACAAGACGGGCUUGACGCGGACGAGCUCGGGAAACGAAUUCAAGCAUUUCAAGUACAUUUUCAGUUCGCUAGACGAUUUGGGUAUUCUCCAGGAGCACAUCUAG